UCGUAUUAUGGUUUCCAUCCCUCUUGCAAUUUUCAUUUUUGUUUUGAAUUGACUCGUAAGCAGUCUACAUUUUAUCUUACCUUUAGAGGCGGAAGUGCGGCUACCAACGGCCCUGAUAUACAAGCCCGGCUAGAUGAAUUACAAGCUGAAGUAGAAUACCUGGAAAAUCUCGAGAAGAAAGUUGAUGAGCACCGAUCAAAGGUCCUGCAAUCCCUUCAAAACGUCCAGGAAGACUUGGAUAAUCGGAAGUACUCCUACGUCACCCAUCAAGACCUGAUGAGCGUGUUCCACGACCGGACAUUGCUGGUUAUCCGGGCUCCUGAGGGUACAAACCUUGACACGCCAAUCCCGAACAAUCCUCUAGAACAACCCGCACAUUCACUUUUCGCACUGAAAAGAUCCUAUAAAAUACACUUGAAAAGUCCUUCAACAGCUGUCGAAGUCCUGCUCGUUAAUCCCGAUGACAAUGCAGAGAAAGCACGUAUACUCCCAGUCGGCGUAUCUGGGUUCGACCUCAGUGGUGCUCGCCGAUCAGGACGAUCAGUAGAUGAACACCCCGGAGCCCUGAAUCCUCUUCUGCCCUUAAGUCCGCCGCCACUUGACCGAGAUUUCACGUAUAACCUUGAAGAUACAGAAGGCCUGUGCGACCUCUUCGAUGUACCAACAGACCAGAGAUAUGCAGAUAGGGCGUCGCCCAACUAG